GGGGUGGAGACGACGGCACCUGCUCCAUGUCAUAGGUCAAGGACUGCUAGUCGGCGGAAGUGGAACAUGUCGCAGCAAAUGUGGCGGCUGCCGCUGCGAUGGUGGCGGCGGCGCUCCCCGGCCUGGUGGUGUUUUGCUGCGUGACGCUUCUGGGCGUAGCUGGGUGCCAGCCGGCGCCGCGCGCCGCCGCCCGCACCGUGCCGCUGGGCGACAACGAGACCACAGCGCUUGUCAAGAAAUGUUACGGCAUAUACGGCUGCUUUGCUAUCACCAAGGAGUGGAUUUCACUCUCUCGACCCAUCAGCGUCCUGCCGCAGUCACCUAAGGCCAUCAACGUCAAGUUCUGCCUCUACACCACUAACAACCCUACCGAGUGUGAGCGUAUGUACGACGACAUCCAGUCCAUUGGGACGUCAUCGUUCAUGGCGGGCAAGCCGGUGAAGUUCCUGGUGCACGGCUAUCUGGACUCGGGCGAGAAACGCUGGAUUAAGAGGAUGGUUGCGGCGCUGCUGGAGUUUGAGCCCAUGAACGUGGUGGUGGUGGACUGGGUGGGCGGCUCCGGACCGCCCUACACCCAGGCGGUGGCCAACAUACGGCUGGUGGGCGCCGUCGUCGGCAACUUCAUCCGCCUGCUGAAGAAGCUUUUCGACACGCCGCCCGAGCAGGUUCACGUGAUCGGCCACAGCCUGGGCGCCCACCUGGCCGGCUACGUGGGCGUGUUCUUGCAGCAGCGUGGCGUGCGACUGGGCAGGAUCACCGGCCUGGACCCGGCAGAGCCGCACUUCGAGAACACCGACCCGGUGGUGCGACUCGACCCCACGGACGCCGGCUUCGUCGACGUCAUCCAUACCGACAGCGGCCCUCUCAUCUCGGGCGGCCUGGGACUGCUGCAGCCGAUCGGUCACAUGGACUUCUUCCCGAACGGUGGCAAGAAGCAGCCGGGCUGCGGCACCAGCGUCUUCGACGCCAUCAAGAAGGAGGAGGGCAGCCUCAUCUACGGCCUGAGGCGCUUCAUCGGCUGCAACCACCUGCGGGCGUACGAGUUCUUCACCGAGUCCAUCAACAGCCAGUGUGGCUUCAUGGCUGUUGAGUGCGACAGCUACGACAAGUUCGCGCAGGGUGAGUGCGGCAUUUGCUCCCCGGACCACGGCAACUGCCACCGGCUGGGCUACCACGCGGACCGCCACCUGACGCCGCUCGACCGGGCCAAGAUCCGCCAGCUGAGUCAGCCGCGCUUCGACCUGCUGGGGCUGGUGCCGCCGCCCGUCGGCCGCACCUUCUACCUGAUGACCGGCAACGCGGUCCCUUUCUGCAGGCGUCACAUCCGCGUCACCGUCUCGCUGUCGGACAUCCCGGCGGCGGUCCGGCACGGCGGCGACAUGGGCACCCUCAGCGUCCGCUUCCACAGCGCCAAGAACAGCAGCGCCUGGCAUCGCUUCAGCCAGGGCGACAUGUCUUCGAAGCCGGGCCAGGACUACAGCUCGCUGACGCCGGUGUCGUUCACCGGCGAGCCGACGGCCAUCGAGCUGGAGUGGCGCUACGCCUCGUCCCUGCUGAACCCGCUCACCUGGCGCCUGCUCUCGCAGCCCAUGAUCCACGUCAACCGCGUGCUCGCCGUCAGCGUCGAGUCCAGACAGCGGUACGUCUUUUGCGGCGAGGACCUGCCGCUGUUCUCCGGCCGGCCGUCGCGCCUGCGCUUCAACCGCCGCUGCCGGGCGCAGCGCAAGCCCGGUCCCAGCUCGCUGUUCGCCACGUUCGCCGGCUUCGACCUGGUGAGCGGCGUGGGCCAGAGCGUGUCCGGCCUCGUCGACUCCGACGUGAACGUCAUCCCGACGCGACGACGGCGGCGGAAGCGGCGCCGCCGCUGGCGGACCCGCCGGCGGCCGCGCCGCCACCACGGCUGACUGCUGACGUCGGAUGGUGGCCGAUCAACGUCAGGCGGUGGCCUGUCGACGUCAGAGGGUGGCCGGCCGAUAUCGGAGGGUGGUCAGCUAACGUCAGAUGAUGGCCGGCCGACACUGCGGACUGGUCUCGGCGCUGUCAGAGAGUGUCCAACGGCGCCUCCGCCUGUCUACAGCUGAUCAGCUUUGAUGAAUAGCGAGCUAUACCCGGAGUGGCGGCAGCGCAAAAAAGGACCAGUGUUGUCUGAUGAACAGAAGUGUUCCCGACUGGGACCAACGUAAUAUGCAUGCAGCAAGUCGCGAUCGCGCACUGUCUUCAGUAGGGCACGAUGACAAGCGGGGAAAGUACUUCCGCCGGGAGUAAUACCCACCGAGGCACGUGUUACUGCCCGGGGUAACCCAGUAACCCGGUAACCCAGUGGGCCUAACACGACUGGCAGAUGUGUCGCGCCACGCGACGGCGUUGGCGCAGUGUAACUCGGGUCACUUGAUCGCCAGUUCAUGCACGGCGCGCUUCGCACCCCGAACAGGUGAUUGGUGGGGACGUGAAGCCGCGCUGUUCGUGCCGGUGCCGCGGGACCUCAGAGCAGUGACAUGGUAGUGAUGCAAGUCACCUAUGCUAAGGGCCGAAACGGCCGUGCAGGGCGAGCAGACCUCGUGUCCUGGCACCGUCGUUGUUCGCCGUGAGUGUCAGAAGUUGGCGUCGCCUGGCUCGGCCAGCCAGCCCCGCCGCGCGAGCGAUCGGUGCAACCGUGCAAUAUGGGAGAGUGGUUCAUCUACCUCGCAGUGCGUCCCUGUAUAGCGCCACACUGGACGUGCGCCAGCGUUCCUUCACUACCCAGGUAUCUUUUUCCGGGCGGCGUCAUGUGUGCUCCGUGCAGUUUGUGAGCCGCGGACGCGGACCGG